AUGUUGUCGGUGAUGUGCUUGUAUGCUUUUUUGCUCCUUGCAAGUGGUUCUUUUGCUAAGAUUCAUAAUAAGCUAUGGUGGAACAAUACCGUUGUCUACCAGAUUUAUCCGAGAAGUUUCUGUGACUCAGAUGCCGAUGGAAUAGGCGACUUAAAGGGGAUAACUUCAAAGUUGAAUUAUAUCGCGGAAACUGGCAUCAAUGUGAUUUGGUUGUCGUCUAUAUAUACAAGUCCCAUGGUUGAUUUUGGAUACGAUAUAUCCGAUUUUGUUGACAUCGAUCCGAUUUUUGGUUCAUUGGAAGAUCUUAAAGCUCUUCUAUCGGAAGCUAGAAAGCUCGGUCUAAAAGUAAUUCUCGAUCUUGUGCCGAGCCAUACAUCUGAUAAGCAUAUAUGGUUCCAAAAGGCUCUCCGAGGUCAUAAAAAGUAUAAGAAUUAUUAUAUAUGGGCAGACGGCAGAAAUAAUGACGAUAAAACGCCGCCUAAUAAUUCGAUUAGUGUAUUUGGUGGAUCUGCGUGGACUUAUGAAGAAUCACAAAAACAAUGGUAUUUCCAUCAAUUUGAGUAUAGACAACCCGAUUUAAAUAUCCGUAAUCCUACAGUAAGAAUGGAGAUGUUAAAAGUUUUGAAAUUUUUGUUGGAUUUGGGUGUAAACGGAUUCUGCGUCGAUUCCGCUCCAUUUAUUUAUGAAGACUCAGAAUUGCGAGACGAACCUAGAAGUGGUGUAGACGGUGCAACGUCGCGAGAGCAUAAGUAUUUGAAGCAUAUUUAUACCACGGAUUUAAUCGAAUUGUUUGGAGAGUUGCAAAAAUUCGUGGAUUUAUAUGCUUCAAAACGUAAUCAGGAUCAGAAGUUGAUGGUGAUGGAGGCGUACACCGAUCCUAAGCACAUUAUGCAAUCACAUUACGAUUACUUACUUUCAUUUAAUUUCGAGUUUAUUGCAAUUAAUGUGAACGCAACAUUGUCUGCGCAAGAAUAUAAACAACAAAUAGAUCUGUGGAUGAAUUCGAUGCCAAGAGGUAAAAUCGCUAAUUGGGCGAUGGGAAAUCACGAUAAUCCCCGAGUUGCCUCUCGUUAUCCUGAUAGAACGGAUCAAAUGAUCAUGUUGUCUAUGGUCUUGCCAGGCUUGGUGGUGACAUAUAACGGUGAUGAAAUUGGCACGGUGGACAAGAGAGAUAUAUCUUGGGAAGACACGCAGGACCUUCAAGCGCAUAUUGCGGAUAAAGGGCAUUAUAAGAAUGUGUCCCGUAAUCCUGAACGCACGCCAUUCCAAUGGGACGCGACGAAAAAUGCAGGUUUUAGUACAGCAAAUUCGACGUGGCUUCCGGUAAAUCAGAACUAUAAGAAGUUGAAUCAGACGAAACAGAUGGAAAUCAAAUCGCACUACAAGAUUUACAAGACUUUAGCCUACAUGCACCGAACAGAAUCGGCCCUCACUGAAGGAAGUUAUAAAUCAAUUACGACAAAUAAUGACACUGUUCUAGGUAUAAUCCGAAACAAUGGUAUCCGCGUCGUGUUGCUUCUGAUUAAUUUCAGUGAUGAUGAACAACAAGUUGUCGAUUUGUCACAAGAAGAACUUCCUUCGAAAUUAAAGGUCAAAGUCUCCAGUAUGGGUUCUAAAGUGAUACAUGGGAAUUUAGUUGAUGUGAAGAAGAUAGUUCUACCUGCUAAAGCUGCUGUAGAUAUGGUAGACGUUACAACUGCUUUACCAUCCAAUGGAGGGGCGUCGUUAAUUGGACGCACCAGAGGUGCUCUUAGAUCUGUGCGAACCGCUCUAGGAGGAAGCGGGGAAUAUCUUCAGGGCCUAGGGAACAGAAUAGGAUCUGCUCUUAGCAAUAGCUUAGAAGAAAGCGAACUGACUACAACCCCUUCUACGCCAUCAUCAUCGCUGCAAGCACCUGCACUGCAGCCUAUCAAGUCAGAAGAACAAUUAGGACGGCGGAAACUCAGGCUUCCGAGAUUUGGCGCGGGAUUAUCCUACGAGGAUUAUGAGGCAAUAGCGCGACACAAAUUGGAACGGCAGGGAAGCGCCAAUCUUUCCAGAACACGAAAAUAUCCACCUGGGAUGACUUACGAAGAGAUAGCAUCAUCCAGAUCAGUCUCAAGUAAGAAACAGGAGAACCGAAUUGAACAGGACGAUAUCAGUCCUGAUCGCGACAGCCAGGAAAGUAUAGAGCCCAUUCAGGAGCAGGACAUCAAAGCGACCGGGCCUGAUCCUUACGAGAAAUUGAAUUACAAAGCAGACAUGCCUUGCAGUAGUGAUUCUACGAGUGAUCAAGAUGGAUACGGACCCAGCACUAGUUUGGAUUCUAACAUGGAUGGUCGCAGAAUAUGGCAAAGAUCAGGUUCAUCGGGAUCUGUUCAGUCCUGGGCUUCGAGCUUAUCAGCUGAUAGUCAGUCGGAGGAAGCUGCCGCAGACUUCAUGAAAGCUUUUGUACCUUUACUAUUCGACGCGCCUAAUACUAUCGAUCAAGAACAAAAGGCUAAUUUUGGGCAGAUGGUUUUGACAGAAUCGGGAAGAAUAUGGUUCUCCAGGGUAGUGAACGCGAGAAGAGCACGUGCGUGUGUCACAGAAGCUUCAUUUUAUUCUUUGGCGCAGCAUUUCGCAGUCGCGCUGUUUGAAUGCCAUGAAGCGGAUGAUUUUGCCCCCGCUAAAAGUCUCAUGAACAUGUGCUUCACUUUCUAUCAUGAAGUGGAAGUUCCUGGAUUAGAGCCUUACCGUGAAUAUUUAUACACACAUUUACGCGUUCAACCAAUAUGGACAUCUAUGAGAUUUUGGACAGCUGCUUUCUUUGACGCAGUACAAUGUGAGCGAGCGUCAAGACCGGUACCACCUCGACCGAAAUCCUUAGAUCAGGAAAGUAUCGCCGCUGAAGACAGAAAGUUUCAAGCAAACAUUGUCUUUGGACAAUUAGGGACUUUUACUUGCAACAUGCAUGCUUUCGGCCUGUCACGAGCUUUAUGCACGGAGUUCCUCCGGAAACAAUGUAUUAUAGCGAAUUUAACUAAAGAACAAGAGAAGAUGCUGCGAGAUAACAUAGAUCGAAUGUUCGAUGAGACCGAGCCAUGGCGGUAGUUUAGUUUGAAUGAACAGUUAAGAUUGAUUUUGAAAAUUGCUUUAAAGAAACAUUUUGCAAUGUUUCUUCUUGGAAAUAUUUCCGACGAAAUAGAAUUGUCUUCGAACGCCGAGAAAGCGAUGAAGUCAAUUAUGAAAACAAUCUUGUUAAUAACGUUGAUAUAAGUCGACAUUUGUUGAAUCUUUCGCGGUAUUCGACGCUGGACACGUCAAUUCCUAAAAUGCAAACACUGCACAGAUUUGCGCCUUAAAUUGUGAAAGGUAUAUUAAAUCUUACGUUUCUGAAAACUAUUAAAAGAUUA